AUGCGUUUCAAUAACAACCUCCUCUUGCUCGCCUCCUUCCUCGGCGUCGCAACCGCUUUCCGUCGAACUUGCAGGCCCGACUUGACCGGCGAGAUCACCGGCACCGGCUAUUACACUGUCACAAACUCCGACACUUUGCAACAAAUCGCGGCUGACUUUUGCAGCGCUCAAGAAGAGAUGGAUGCCAUGAACCCUAACGUCGAUUUGAAGUCAGGCACAAUUUUAAAAGUUCCUUGCAGAACUCGAAAGCGCGAUUGCUCUAGGAUAGAGGGCGAUUAUAAUGGGUAUUAUACGUUCGUCGAUGGCGACCAGUUGUCAAUGAUUGCGGCGGAUUUCUGCAUAGACGUCAAUACGUUAAGGUCUCUAAAUCCCGACGCUUCCGAAACCACUUUAUCUCCUGGGGAGGUCCUCAAAGUUCCUUGCGCUUGGAACUAG